AGCGCCCUUCGCGCGAGCUGGGUUGUGUCGGAGACACGGGAGCCGAGCAGGGACGCUGCGAGUCCCAGGACGAGGCAGAGCGGGGCAGCUGGUCUACCGAAGCGGCUGGCAGAGAGCAGCAGGAGGCCCCUCCGGGGAUCAGAAGCCUAGGGUUAGGAGCCGCAGGCAUGCUGCGCCCCAAGGCUUUGACCCAGGUGCUCAGCCAGGCCAACACAGGAGGCGUCCAGAGCACCCUGCUGCUGAAUAACGAGGGGUCGCUGCUGGCCUACUCGGGUUACGGCGACACGGACGCCCGGGUCACUGCGGCCAUUGCCAGUAACAUCUGGGCCGCCUACGACCGAAACGGGAACCAAGCGUUUAACGAAGACAAUCUCAAAUUCAUCCUCAUGGACUGCAUGCUCCGGUUGAAUCCUCCUGACCUGAGGGGCAGUUCAGUUCCUGAGGGAGGAAUCUCACCACGAGAGGGGCCAACUCAGUCAUGGAAAGCUCUGCCGGAGUCCAAGGAGGGCCGUGUGGCCAUCACCCGAGUGGCCAAUCUGCUGCUGUGUAUGUAUGCCAAGGAGACCGUAGGCUUCGGGAUGCUCAAGGCCAAGGCCCAGGCCUUGGUGCAGUACCUGGAGGAGCCCCUCACUCAAGUAGCAGCAUCCUAGCGGGCAGUGGUGCACGCUGAUGACGACAGUUGCAGGGGGAGGGCCCUUGGAAACCCUUCCUGGUCUGUGGGGGAGAGGACGGGACUUGUUUUUUUCAGAAUAAACUUUAACUCCA